AUGAACAACCCACGGGUCCUACCUCCAAAUGUGACCGAGACGGCUUUGGAUUCCUUUUUUGAUACCAUUGCUAGCAGAAUUGGAGCAUCCAAUGUGUCCUUGGAUCACACCACCGGUGCUCUCGAAGGACCUCAUGGACAACACUGUUAUGGCGAUCCGUUCCCUCUUGCGCAAGAUCACACCCCAAGUGGCGCUGUACGCCCCGGGACAGUAGAAGAAGUACAGUUUGUCGUCAAGGUUGCCAAUAGGUUCCGUGUACCGUUGUGGACAGUAUCGCGUGGGAAAAACCUCGGAUAUGGAGGCACGUCGCCCGUCGUUCGAGGAAGUGUUGUUCUCGAUCUGCACCGUAUGAAACGAAUCAUCGAGAUCAACGAAGAGUACGCCUACGUGAUUGUUGAGCCUGGUGUAACCUUUUUUGACCUUUACGAGGAGGUGAAAAGGAGGGGUGUCAAACUCUGGCCAUCUGUUCCUUCUCUUGGGUGGGGCUCAAUCUUGGGAAAUGCACUUGAGCGCGGAUUUGGGUAUACUCCCGAGGGAGAGCAUGCCCAGAUGCAAUGCGGCAUGGAAAUCGUGUUGCCAAAUGGAGAGCUUGUCAGGACCGGAAUGGGGGCAAUGGAAGGGAACAACUGCUUCGCACUGUUUAAAGGCGGUCUAGGUCCCAGCGUGGACGGGCUCUUUUUCCAAUCCAAUCUGGGCGUUGUCACCAAGAUUGGUAUGCAUUGUACUCCUGCACCCGAGACUUUCGUGAGGUGUGAAGUUGCGGUUCCGCGUGAGGAAGAUCUCGUACCUUUGGUGGGCAUCUCAACUGACCUGCUUCGCCGUCGAAUCAUCACCAACUCCCCGGGGCUUUCUAACAUUGUAUGCCUUGUGAUGGAGGCAGCUGAGGAUGCAACGGUCGCCUCCAAAAUAGCACCCUUUGUUGGUAGUUGCGCGAUCAGUGACAAGGUCUUGAGGGAGAUUCAGGCUGAGAAAGGAUGGCCUUGGUGGGUUAACCUAUUUUCCCUCUAUGGGCCCCGUGUCCUCGUGGAAGCCCAGCUAGCGGCGGUUAAACAAGCCUUUGAUGUAAUCCCAGGAGCGGUUGUUACUGCGAGGAUGCACACCGGUGCUCCCGGAAAGACCCUGGAUGCUGAAGUCAUUGGCGAUGCACCUGAAAUCCUACCCCAAACAGGCCGUCCUACCCUGCAUUCUUUGAAUUGUCUCCAUUUUCGGGAGAGGAACGCUGGACAUGUCGCUUUUGCACCGGUGAUUCCACCUUCCGGUCGAGAAAUGUAUGAGUGGUACUUGAAGGCCAAGAAGAUGAACGCAGAUGCUGGCUUCGACUUCGUCGCUGACUUUCAUUUAUUCGCACGAUAUACCAUCCCCAUUAACCUGGUGAUGUUCAAACAGUCCGAACAGAGACAGAUGAGGGAUCUUCUUAAGGACCUGACCCACAUGACUGUCAAGCUCGGCUAUUCGGAGUAUCGCACUCAUGUCAGUUUCAUGGAUGAGGUUGCAUCCCACCAUGACUUCAACGGGGGAGCAAUGGCCAAACUUGUGUCUGCCUUCAAGGACAUGUUGGAUCCCAAUGGCAUCAUCUCGCCAGGGAAAUCGGGGAUAUGGAAUUCAAACAGUGCGUGGAAACUCUGA